GUUAUCACUCUAAAGUUGACCAAAACCACCAGUACUAGUUAGUUUGCCUUAGAAAGGGAGUAAAAUGGACGCCCAACCAACAUCCAAGGCUUUACACUAUCGCAUCAACACCAAUAUUUCCCAAUUACUUCAACGAUUUGAGAAUAUAAUGGCAACAGCAACGGUCGAAAGUACUAGUCACACUGCAACAGCAGUGGAAACCUAUCAACUUGAUGUGGAAUCGACUGCUCUGGUUCGCGCCGCGGAAGAUAUACUUUCCCUGACUCGUACAAUGAAAGAAACUUGGCUCUUUGGAAAGCUCAAUACACUUGGCGAAGACGAAGUGGACGUGAAGCGUCGAGAGGAGCUGGAGAAGGACGUUACUGCUAUUCAAGAUGCAAUCGAAAAGGGUGACCUGUUGAAGCCUGCUAAAUAAAUUUCUUUUGUGACGUGUGAGUUCUGAUGUUUUUCCAUAGGUUUGAUUCUAGGGCGGUUUUAUGAUAUUGCAGCAUUGGCGUCUGGGAGGGUGUUGUUAUCUUUCUUGUACAUUAUUGCGAGUCUUGUAGAUACCCAUCGCUACAAAUUUGAUUUAUAAUCUUUUUUGAAGAUUUUAACGCCGGAGUUAUAU